AUGUCGCACCAUUUCUUUACGUUUUAUUUCACAAUCUUUGCUUAUUUUAUUUAUGUUGUUUUUCGGUUUUCAGAUUAUUCAAUAAAAAUUACUUUCCCGACUAUAUUUUGCUUUUCCUUUCUUCUUCAUCCUUUUUACUCCAUUUUCUUUGUCUUUUACUUCGUCUAUCAGAUUUUACUGUUAUUCACCCUUUCCUUUGCAGUAUUUUUCUUUUCCUUCUUAGUCCUUUUGGUUCCAUUUUCUUUAAUCCUUUUCUUUCUUCGAUUUUCACAUUUUUCUCUUUUUUUACUCUUUCUUUCGUAUUCUUCUUUUCCUCUGUUCAGCAGUCUUUUCUCUACUCUCUUUCCCAUAAUUUUCUCUUUUUCACGUUCUUUUCUCUACUUUCCCAUAAUUUUCUCUUUUUCACGUUCUUUUCUUUACUCUCUUUCCCAUAAUUUUCUCUUUUUCACCCUAUUUCUUUCAUUCACUAUGUCUGUCUAUCUAUCUAAGCAUCUUUUCUUCAUUUUAUACAUCUUUACACAAUUUAUUGAUAUUAUCUAUCUAUCUAUCUAUCUAUCUAUCUAUCUAUCUAUCUAUCUAUCUUACAUCCAUAUCACGUUGAAACACCAUUUCCCGUACGAUUACUGA